CUUGAGAAGUAAACUUGAACGCGAAACAGUCUGGGUAUUCCACCUGCACCAUGCAAGCCGCUGCAAGCGCGUCGCACAAGGCGAGCGCUCGCGGCGCCCAAGCAUCAACUCGCCCGUGCUGUGCUGUCCUUUCGGCUUCCGGAAGCUCCACAAGUGGCGGCCACUUCGCGAGGCUCCAGUCUGCGCCCGCCGCUAGGACCUGUGCUGCUCGGCAGGUUCGUGCAAUGAGCAACGCCGGUGCGGGCAGCAGCAGUGCCGCACCCGCACCCGCGCCGACCACCGCUGCAACGGCUACAGGCGCCGCCGCCGCCGCCGGCAGCGCCUCCCCGCCGCAUAAGAAGAUUGGCGUGCUGUUUGUGUGUCUAGGCAACAUCUGUCGCUCGCCCACGGCCGAGGCGGUGUUCAGGACAGUGGUGCAGCGGGCGGGGCUGGCGGAGGCGUUUGACAUCGACUCGUGCGGCACUGGCGGCGGCAACCCAGACUGGUUCACGGAGGGCGGCUGGUCGUACCACGAAGGCGACCCGGCUGACUCACGCAUGACGCUGACCGCCCGCAAGCGGGGUGUGCAGCUGACCUCCCGCUCUCGGCCGCUGGCGCCGCUGGACUUCGGCCGCUUUGACUACAUCGUGGGCAUGGACGCCAAAAACAUCCGGGCCAUUCGGACCGCCGCCGACUACUGGCGCGUGCGGCCCAUGGGCGGCGAUGCGGUGCCGGCCGACUACGCGGCCCGGCUGUCGCUCAUGACCGCCUACUGCUCCAGGUUCAAGGGGGAGCCGGAGGUGCCCGACCCCUACUACGGCGGGCCCGCGGGCUUUGAGCGGGUGCUGGACCUGCUGGACGACGCCUGCGAGGGGCUGCUGGCGGCCAUCCGACAGGAGCGGGGGCUGUGAGCGCUAGUGAGGCUGUCAAGGGUAGUGUAGGGCGGAGCGGGGGCGAUGAGGGCUAGGGCUGUGGGGGGCGGCUGUGAGCCUCUGUGAGGGCGGCUGUGAGCGCUGUUGGGGUGCGCUGUUAGUGGGAGUGGGCUGUUGGGGUGGCGGGCUGGUGGGCGGAUGGGCUAGUGAGGCUGGUGAGGCGGUUGUAACGAGCUGUAGCUGUGCGGCUGUAGGUACUGCGUAGUAGUACUACGUACUGCGUAGUAGUACUACGUACUGCGUAGGCUGUAGCUGGGUGGCUUGCUGGGUGGGGAGGAACGAGGACGAGGGGAUUUGGGCCAGGCGGAGAGGUGUGAAGGUCCUACUACAUGCGUGCGACUGCAGCUGGGUGAGGAGGAGGAAACGGGGCCGCGACUGACGGCGGCUGUGGUGAGUACCGGUAGGGUCAGCGUGCGCGCGUCUGAUUGUACAAGGACCACGUAACGGCACUACGGUCUACGGGUCU